AUGCUGGGAAUUUGGAUACUUGCACUUUUUCUGCUCGGCACAGCCAAAGGCAAAGAAGUUUGCUACGAUAGGCUUGGAUGUUUCACAGAUGAUAAACCAUGGUCUGGGACUGUAGAACGACCAAUCCAUAAAUUACCUUGGAAGCCUGAAAAAAUAGACACUCACUUCUACCUGUACACAAGAAAAAAUCCCACUCAGUCACAAGAGAUCUCUGCAAUUAAUCCCUCAACAAUUGAUGCAUCAAAUUUUGAUGCAAGCAGGGUAACCAGAUUCAUCGUUCAUGGAUUUAUAGAUAAUGGAGAGGAAAACUGGUUGUCAGAGAUGUGUGAGAGGAUGCUUAGCGUGGAAGAUGUCAACUGCAUCUGCGUAGACUGGAAAAAAGGUUCAAGGUGUCAGUACACUCAGGCAUCAAACAACAUCCGUGUUGUGGGCGCUGAAAUGGCUUAUUUUGUAGAUGUUCUGAUGGAAAGAUACAAUUACUCUUCAGACAAAGUUCAUAUAAUUGGCCACAGCCUUGGAGCACACGCAGCGGGUGAGGCUGGCAAGAGGCGCCCAGGCAUCGGAAGAAUAACUGGACUGGAUCCUGCUCAACCUUAUUUUCAAGACACCCCAAUUGAAGUGAGACUGGAUACAUCUGAUGCAGAUUUUGUUGAUGUUAUCCACACAGAUAUAGCUCCCACCAUCCCCAACUUAGGUUUUGGCAUAAGCCCAGCUAUAGGACAUAUUGACUUCUAUCCCAAUGGAGGAGAGCACAUGGCAGGGUGUAAGAAGAAUGCUCUUUCACAGAUUGUAGACCUCGAUGGCAUCUGGGAAGGAACUCGGGACUUUGUGGCUUGCAAUCAUUUGCGGAGUUACAAGUACUACUCUGACAGUAUCGUCUACCCUGAUGGAUUUCUGGGCUAUCCUUGUGCUUCAUAUAAUAAUUUGGACUCAGAUAACUGUUUCCCAUGCCCAAAAGGGGGAUGCCCAAAUAUGGGUCACUAUGCAGACAAAUUCAAAGGAAAAAGUACAUACAGUUUCCAGAAAUACUACCUGAACACUGCAGAGGCCAAGGAUUUUCCUCUUUGGAGGUACAAAGUGAGUGUGACCCUCUCUGGAAAGAGUAAAGUAAAAGGAUACGUAAAUAUUGCCCUGUAUGGAAGUAAUGGGAACACAAGGCAACAUCAGAUCACUGAGGGAACACUCAAACCAGACAACACUUACACAAAAUUCGUUGAUGCAGAAAGUAAUGUUGGAACAAUUACAAAGGUGAAAUUUCUCUGGAACAACAACUGGAUAAACCCAACUUUUCCUAAACUGGGAGCUGCAACUGUCACAGUACAAUCUGGAGAAGAUGGGAAGAUAUACCGCUUCUGUGGUUCCACGACGGUGAGGGAGGAUGUUCUGCAAAUUCUUAGUGCUUGCUAACAAGCACAUAUGGAUGC